AUGGAGACGUAUAACGGACAUGUCCGCACACCCGCGGAUGCUAUCAUCCUAUUCGAAGCCUGUCGCAUUGGGCUUUUACCCCGAGUCCAGAGAAGAUUAUCGGAGAAAGAAAGGCAGUCUGUCAAAUCUGGCUCCGUUUUUGUGUGGGAUGAGCGAGAAGCAGGAAUGAGAAGAUGGACAGAUGGUAAAUCAUGGAGCGCGAGCAGGGUAUCGGGAAGCUUCUUGACCUAUAGAGAAAUGGAAGGAAAAAGGGGUGGUAGCCAUGGUGCGCAAGCGUCGAGGGCAGGGAAAACUCCUGACAGUAAUAGAGGGAGCGAUGAAGAUCCCGGAGAGGGUGGAGAGGAAGGUCCAGAUGGGUAUCGUUACAAGCCGGAUGGAUUAAUGAAGCAAUCUUUCAGUAUAACGACAUCUACGGGACAACACCUCCAUCUAAUCAGCUAUUAUGCCCGAUCUCAUCCAACCGCUCCUGGCUUGAACCAGCCGUCCACUGAUCCAGCUCUGCGACAUAUCCGCCCGCAAAAAGGGUUAUAUCCUGAGUCCAGUGUCAAUGAUCAACAAAACCUGCCCGUCGUGACCCGUGGCCCUAUGCCCGCACCCGGGUUUUCAAUAUCUCCCCACUCACUUCCCUAUGCACGUUCCGGUCCUACACACCCUCAAACAUUUGUUCCCGCCCCGUACAGCUGGCCUCCACCUCCUAUUACAAAUGCACCACAUGCUGCCGUCUUGCCCUAUGCUGCUUAUUUGCCUCCUCUCGGGGCCCCCAAUGGGCAUUCCUCCCUUCCAUACGGCCAGCACCCGCACCACCCCCAACUGCCCGCCCCGUACGAAAGAUCUGUACACCCAGCCGAUUCUACACUUCCCCCUCCAAUGCAUCCUCAACCGGGCACUGUUAGUGGACAAGCUGUCCCCUUCUAUAGCCCCACUCGAUCUCCGAGGACGCAACCACCAACCAUUUUGGGAGCUCCCAGAAUGGGUUCUCCUGGCCACCCUAACCACGUCCAGGCGAAUGGAACUCAACCUAAUCAUGCGCCCAGUCCCCCUCCAUUGAAGAACAUCCCACUCCAUGGCAAUGGCAGCCAAGAGAAUACUAAUAGCGCCAUAUUAUCUUCGUCUGCUACAAAGGUUCCAAGCAUCAACGCGCUUAUGAACGGUCCGCUUCCCCCAUCGGCACUUGCUCCAUCGGGGGCCUUGUCCAAUAUCCUUGACGGGUCACGACCCCAGGCUAAAGAAAAUGGAAGAGACAACAGAAGUCCAAAACCCCACAGGGGCCCGAGUGAUGGACCGAAAGAUAUCCCCAGUGAAAAAAUCGGAUUUGGGGAAGACAUGAGAGCAUUGCGACAACUUGAUAAAGUUUUUACAGCCUGA